AUUCUGCAGCUGUGGCUACACCUUGUUUUUCUUUUUUCUACAGGACCUGUGGCUUUUAAACGAGACGACAUGAUGCUGAUAUAUAUGAUUUCAGUCCUUCUAGCAAGUCUAUUCAUCAUACCGUUCGCACUCAAGACUUUGUCCCCUUAUCUCUGGAUGGAUAUUCAGUAUUUCGGGGAUCUACUGCGGAUUGUAGUGAAGUUUAUGUCGAGGCGAAGGAGGAGACCUCUCUUCUUUGUUUUGGACCGUUUCUUGGAGCAGACCGCUGCGCAUCCACACAAGCUGUUCAUAGUGUUUGAGAAUGAAAACUACUCGUUCACUUACACAGAUAAGAGGAGCAACAAAACAGCCAACGCGCUUCUGUCUCAGACUGGGUAUAAAGCUGGAGACACCGUGGCACUGUUCAUGGGGAAUGAGCCCGUCUUCAUGUUUACCUGGCUGGCCUUGGCUAAGUUAGGCUCCCCUGUGGCUCUUCUCAACCACAACAUCCGCACCAAGUCUCUGCUUCACUGCUUUAACUGCUGUAAGGCCAAAGUGUUGAUAGCAGCCUCAGAGCUGAAGGAAGCAGUGGAGGACGUGCUGCCCUCACUGAUAGAGCACGGCGUCACAGUCCUCCUGAUGACCAAACACUGUGACACACCUGGGAUUGAGAGCUUCUCUGAUAAAGUGGACGAGGCCUCAGACACCCCGCUCCCUCGAUCCCUCAGAUCACACAUCACAUUCAAAAGUCCUGCAGUUUAUAUUUACACCUCUGGAACUACAGGUCUACCUAAGGCAGCGGUGGUUAAUCAGAACCGCCUCUUAACCGCUCUGGCUGUUUUAUCUUCAAACGGUGUAACGUCUAGUGAUGUCAUCUACCUCAACCUGCCUCUGUACCACACAGCUGGAUUCAUUAUAGGCUUUAUCGGCUCCAUUGAGACAGGGUCAACGAUCAUUCUGAAGAGGAAGUUCUCUGCCUCUAAGUUUUGGGAUGACUGCAGGAAACACAGUGUGACUGUUGUGCAGUACAUAGGAGAGGUGAUGCGUUACCUCUGUAGCACACCGAAGAGAGAAAAUGACAAGGACCAUAAAGUAAAACUGGCCAUUGGCAACGGUGUCAGAGCAGAGAUAUGGAGAGAGUUUCUCAAUCGCUUUGGGAACAUUCAGAUCCGAGAGUUUUACGCCUCCACAGAGGGAAAUGUGGGAUUUGUCAACUACGCAGGGAAAAUUGGAGCUAUUGGACGAGUCAACUUUUUUCAUCAGAAGCUGUUUCCCUUCACUCUGAUUAAGUACAACACGGAGCUGGAUGAACCGAUUCGAGAUGCUAACGGCCUCUGUGUGGAGUCACCCAAAGGUGAGACCGGACUGCUGGUGUCAAAGAUCACAGACAUCGCUCCUUUCGUCGGCUACGCCCAGAAUGAAGAACAAACUGAGAGGAAAAGACUACGUAAUGUUCUCAAGAAAGGAGAUCUUUACUUCAACAGUGGAGACCUAAUGAGGAUCGAUAAAGACAACUUCAUUUACUUUCAGGAUCGUGUAGGCGACACAUUCAGAUGGAAAGGUGAGAAUGUGGCCACGAACGAGGUGUCUGACAUCUUGACCAUCAGUGAUUGUCUCAAAGAAGCCAAUGUUUAUGGAGUCCAAGUGCCAGGGCAUGAGGGGCGGAUAGGGAUGGCAGCUGUCACUGUGAAGGAAGGUGCCCAGUUUGAUGGAAGUAGAAUAUAUCACCAUGUGGUGAACUACCUGCCUUCAUAUGCUCGACCUCGCUUUAUAAGAAUACAGAAUGCCGUGGAGGUGACGGGGACUUUCAAGCAGAUGAAGGUGAAGUUAGUGGAGGAGAGUUUCGAUCCAGGACGUAUCGCGGACCCUCUUUACAUCCUUGAUGAUGCAGAGAAGAGUUACACACCGCUGACGGCUCAGGUCUACAGCUCCAUCAUAUCAGGAACCAUCAAACUAUGAGUAGGCUCUCAGUGUUCACUAACUGUGCAGGCUUUUCAGUCUGGCUGCAUUGAUACUUUUAAUAAUGAACUUCCAGGUCAAUGACUGAAAAAAUCUUUUUUAAUAAUUGUCAUAUUAUUUUCUGUUUAGUAAAAAUAAUGUGGAAACUUAAAGGUACAGUGGGUAGGAUUUGGUGGCAUCUAGUGGUGUGGUUGCAGAUUGCGACCAACUGAGUAUCCCUCCACUCACUCCUUCCUGCGGUAACGUGAGCUGCAGAGGGAAAAACCGUGGUAACGCCGUUCGCCUUGCUCAGCGGUCAUCGUUACCAUAACAACACUACUUUAGGAGCAACGGAAGUCAGAUGGCGGCUGGCGGUAUCACGGUUUCGCACUCUGCGACUCACUUUACUGCAGUUUCAAGUGUCUUGGACAACUAUGGUGGCCUUCAGGUAACUUAAAUACGUGAAAGUCUCUCUAAGGCCAGUGUUUGUUCAUUCUCGGCUACUGUAGAAACAUGGCGGACUCCGUGCAGAGGACCCGGAUUGCUCCCUAUGUAGAUAUGAAGGGCUCAUUCUAAGCUGGCAAAACACAACGAUUCUUAGUUUCAGGUGAUUAUACACUAAUGAAAACGUAGUUAUGAAUAUUAUAUUACAUUUCUACGAAUAGAUCCCCUGAAAUGUUACACACUGUUCCUUUAAGCGGCUUUAUUAAAAACAAAUUGGAGAUUUUACUUUAUUCAGUCUAACAAUAGUGCUGACAAGCGUUGCUGUAUGUAUGGAUAAACAGAUGUAGUUUAAUGAGAUGUUUUUGAGAACAAACUUUAGGACAGUGGCUAUUGGACUUUCUUUUACAGGUAGUAUCUGAUGUACCUAAAAUAUGUUGAACAGGACCUAAUAGAGAUGUUUAGAUUUAUGUGCCAAUAUCUGUAAAUAUGAAUUACUUUCCUAAAAAUUAAAGUGAUUUUUAUUGUAAAACCAG